CGACACCGCAAACUGCUUCUUGCCAUCACCCAAUGUGUUACCCAACAAAAAUUGUUCAAUGGUUUAUUUAGCAACAGAAAAAUGAACUUUGUCACGUCCAUGUUUAUUUGAUUAGUGUUAUCCUAUGAUCUUUUUUAAAAAUCAAUACGUUAAACACUUAUAUAUAUCUAUGGUGUACAAUAUACCAUACUUUCAUGGUUUAGUUGACCAUUCGACAAUUAUUUUACCCGAGGAAGAGUACUAAACACUGAAGAAGCGAGUACUAGAGAAGGAACAAUUGUUUAGUACCAAUUCAAAAAUGAAGGAACAAUGAAUUGUGAUCACGUCUUUUAUCUCCUCUAUAUAUAUGAGUUAUGCAGCAGAAUAAUCAAGCACCCAACAAUGAGAAAAGACAACCUUAGAGGAGUUAGGAGUGUGUUUCUACCACAAGAAUUGAUAAUUGAAAUUUUGUUGAGGUUGCCAGUGAAGUCUCUUGUCCGUUUCAAAUGUGUAUGCAGGUUAUGGCUCUCUCUAAUAUCUGAUCCUUCCUUUGCAAUAUCACAUUUUGAACCAAUGGCCACACACACUAAGAGACUUGUGUUCUUGACGCCUCGUGCUUGUGAAUUCCGGUCCAUAGACUUCAAUGCAUCAGUUCACGAUGAUUCUGCUUCGACUGCAUUGAAGCUCGGUUUUCUGCCAACCAAAUCUUAUUAUGUUCGAAUCCUAGGUUCAUGUUGGGGGUUUGUACUUUUUGAUUGUUGUCAAAGUCUACACAUGUGGAACCCAUCCACAGGUGUUCAUGAACAAUUAUCUUACUCACCUGUUGCAUUCGAUAUGGAUGUCAGGUUUUUUACAUUUCUCUAUGGUUUUGGGUAUGACUCAUCAACAGAUGACUACUUGGUGGUUCAAGCUUCCAACAACCCAAGCUUAGAUGAUUAUACAACCCGCCUGGAAUUUUUCUCGCUCAGAGCUAAUGUGUGCAAAGAACUUGAAGGUAUUCAUUUGUCUUAGAUGAAUUAUUUUCAUGAUGUUAGA